AUGGGAAACGGUGAUUUUAUGGGGAAGAAUCCUGAUGCCGCUUGGGAAUUUUUAGACGCUUUGGUAGAGAAGGCUCAAACUUGGCAAUAUAUAAAUCCAGGCGAUCAAGCAAUGAGAAACCAAGGCCCAAAUGGCUCCGGCAAGUUUUCACUAAGCGAGCAGAAUGGUUUCAAGACCAGGUUAGACGAAUUAUCAAUGAAGAUGGACAGAAUGAAAUUGGACGCGGUCCAAGUGAAAGACGUCAAGGAAGUUCGACAAGUAAAGAAAGUGUGUGUCAUUUGUGAGACUGUGGGCCAUUCAACUGACAAUUGCCAUACCAUUCCCGCCCUCCGACACCAUUAUAGUCAACUUCCCACGGAAGAAGUUUGUGCUUUGAAUCAACGUUGUGAUCCAUAUUCCAAUACUUACAAUCCGGGGUUGCGGUCCAAUCCGGCUUUCCGUUGGGGUAAUCAAAAUGAAUCAGGCACUUCAUCAACGUCUCAAGCUCCUCCUCCCGUUCAGAAUCAAACUUGGCGGCAACCUCAGCUUCAAGGCCCGCCCCGUUUUCCUGCAAUUCAAGGACCACUAGGUUUCAUACCGCCCAAUCAAUUUCACGAGCAAAACCAGUUUCAGUCACAGCAUGCACCGCCUCCGCGGAGAUCUUUGGAGGACACCAUGAAUGCGUUUUGUCGAAUGCAAACUACUACCAACGAGCAAACCGCUCAAGCUUUGAACGAUAUAAGGAAUCAAAUGGGCAACUCUUCGGUGAAUUUCCCCGAGCAAGCCAAGGCCAUUAUUUCUUUGAGGAGCGGGAAGAUCGUGGACAAUGCUCAAGUGGAGCCACCAGUGACGCCAAGUUUACUACCGUUUCCGGCACCAUUGCAGCCAACGACGCCAAAUGAGGAAUCUCCCAUGCAAGCUCCUACAGAAGAAGAGAAGGGAAAGGCCAAGGAGAGUGAUGUUCCGCAAGCUUUCACCGUUCCCCCUCCAUAUCCUAACAGACUAAAGAAGCCAGCUAAGCCAAAUCUGAAUACUGAUAUCUAUGAUCUGCUUAAGCAAGUGACCGUCAAUCUUCCUUUGCUCGAUGCUAUCAAACAUAUUUCGUCCUAUGCUAAAUUUUUGAGGGACUUGUGUACUCAUAAACGCAAGCUCCAAGUACAAAAGAAGGUGUUCUUAACCGAGCAAGUGAGCUCGCUCUUUCAGUCAACCCUUCCUCCCAAGUAUAAUGAUCUGGCGUGUCCGACAAUAUCCAUCACCAUCGGGGGUAAAGUUGUGGAAAAAGCUCUUCUUGAUUUAGGCGCGAGUGUCAACCUAUUGCCGUUCUCGGUAUACGAACAACUUGGGUUGGGAGAAAUGAAGCCAACUCGGGUGACUUUACAAUUGGCGGAUAUGAGUAUCCGAGUGCCUAAGGGGAUGGUCGAAGAUGUGCUUCUUCAAGUUGAUCAAUUUGUGUACCCGGUUGACUUCGUGGUUCUUGACACAUGUCCGGUGCCGGCGGCUCAGGCCGCCGUUCCAAUUAUUCUCGGGCGCCCGUUUUUAGCAACAUCCGAUGCUGUGAUUCACUGCCGGGAUGGCUAA